CGGCAGAAUCUCAACGGCGAUAAUAGUCAUCCCACCGAUCCAUACCCACCACCGUUGGAUCUCCUCUUGACGGAGCUCACCGGAGUCUCCCGCCGCAGCGCUCGCGUCUUCCUCCAUGGCGUCGGGCGAGAAGGCCUCAUGCUGAAAGUGAAAGCCUUCGCGAUGCGUCUCUUCCACCUCGGCCUCUCCUCUCACUUAGUCUCCGACGUGACCACGCCUCCGAUCUCAUCUCCCGAUCUCCUCAUCGCCUCCGCCGGUCCCGGAGGAUUCUCCACCGUCGAUGUGAUUUGCUCCAUCGCGAAAUCGUGCGGUGCUAAGGUUGUGCUCAUCACCGCGCAGUUGGAGAGAGGUUCUUGUGUGAAGCACACGAUGGAUGUGUGUUAUGUCCCGGCGCAGACGAUGGCAAGUGAUGGCGGAGGUGCGGCGGAGAAGGGAUGAAUAGGGUUUCUGGUAAUGGGCUGGAUUAUCAAAUUCUCAAUCCAAAAAGCCCACAAAUUCUUUUUUUUUUAAAUGAAACGCAGAGUUGCGAUGUAAGGACAGAUGUCGCAAGCUCCUCGCUCUAUUUGUUGCGCUGGCAGUCUAAGAAGAGAGUUGCCUUCUUCUUUAUGUUAUAAGAUUUGGAUUGCGAAAUUCUAAUAUUUACAUUGAUCUUUAUUACGGUACAAUUUUUUGAUUUAAUGCAUUAAUCAUAAGAAAUUAAGUUGGAACCAUCCACCGGACUACAAAUUUUAGAUGUCCCUAUAAGCAAAUGUUUGAUAACAUAUAUUUUAAGUUUUUUGACUAAAAAUUUUAGAUCUCCUAUAAGCAAACGUUUGAUAACACACAUAUAUAUAUAUAUAUAUAUAUUUGAUAAUUGUAGUGUGAUUCCAAAGGUUUUCUAGGCCUAAGAACUAAUUACUACGAGAUCCACAAGAUCUGCGUUUUCUUACCACUUAAGGCGCUCCGGGUGGCUAAAAAGAAUCGAACCCAUGACGAUAUUCACAGCUGUGAGCCAUUUACUACUAAGCGAAGACCACUUGGUUAAAUAUUUUUUACAUUAAAGUUUUAUAAACUAAUUCAUAUUCAUUAGUGAUAGACAAAUUUAUGAAUUUAAUUUUAUAGAAGUAUAAGUCAAUGUAAACAUUUGACUGUAGUCGGUAAUAAUUUUAUUAAAUCAUUUUACUAUUACAGAAUUUUACAUUUUUAAUAUCAUCUAACAAUCAAUUAUUCAAUAUAUUUAUUAAUAAAGUUCUAUAAAAUAUUAAAAUUAAAAAUAUUAUUAUUAUUAUCAAAAAUUAUAAAUAUUAUUUACAUAUAAGCUAUAUAUAUGUCAUUUCAAAUUAUAAAUCUUGUUUAUAAAUAUUAUUAUUAUCAAAAUUUAUGACUUGCUUACAAAUAUAUCUAAAUGUGAAACUAUAUAUGUCAUGUCAAAUUAUAUGCUAUAAGCUAUCGAAUAGGUGGCUUAUCCUACCUUGACCAUACUUUUUAGUAUUGCAUUUAAAAGUAAUUAGAUGCGGCAAAUUAAAUAAAACUUAACCAAUCGAGUCAACCAAAUUAAGAGAAAGUUUAUUAAACAUUACUACACACAUUACAUAUAUCUUCGAAAUAUUUGUAAACUAAAUUUAUCAGGCCCUGAUCGAGAAGAACAAUCAAAUCCAUUUUUUUUUUUUUUGUCAUCAACAAUCAAAUCCAUUUAAAACUUAAAUUAUAUUAUAUGAAUAAUAUUUAUCCAGAAUAAUAUAUGAAUGAUAUUUGUAUAUUUUUACUGACAUAAGAUCAGUCAAAUAUUGCUGUUAAUUUUACCCCCUCCCCCCCCUCCCCCCCCACCCAAAAAAAACUAAUUCAAAUUUACACAAAAAAUCAAUACAAUAGAAUCGAAAAAGGAAGCAACCCCUGAUCUUUUGACACUUUUGUGGAAGCACCGUAGCCUAUUGGUUAAGGUUUAAAGGCUUCUACAUCCAGGUCUGGGGUUCGAAUCCCAGACUAUGCAAUUUAUUGCAGAUUACAGGAAAUCCAGGUUUCAAGUCCCGGAGAGAGCGGUUUAUUAACCAAUUAUGCAGACUACAAAGGAAAGGCUUGCAAGAAAUCUUCAACAUGGUGCAAGUAAAUCUGGUCAGGCGUGGAUCUUCAUAGGACGGCUCAGGUGCUGCAGUUAGGCGUAGGUCUUCAUAAGGCAGGUAGUAUUGUCGGUUGUCGAAUCGUCUAUGUAAUAUUUCUUAUAUCAUAAUUGUAAAAUCAUAAUAAAUUAGCGUUAAAAAAAAA